AUGAAGGCAGACAGCGAAAAGGCCAAGGAGGCCAACGCAGACAACCUUCGGCCUAUAAACCUCCAGCUCGAUACCGGUAAUGAGUAUGCCAAUGUGCGUCAAAAAUGGUGGCAGCUGUGGUUACCCAAGGAUCCACCACCUCCAGCUCCUCUGUCCCUGGAGGACGUGGCGGACGUUUUUCUACAGCUAACCCCUUUGGCCAAUGCUUCCAUUUUCUCUCAGCUCACCUUCUCCUGGGUCACAGAUAUAACGAUUCUCGGAUAUCAGCGCACAUUACAAGCAUCUGACCUAUACAAAAUGGACCCAUCCCGAGAGUCAGCUGUCCUUGCCGCUAAACUUGACGCUGCAUGGCAGCGACGUGUUGAGGCAGCAGCUGACUGGAACGCACGACUUGAGAGUGGCGAACUCAGCCCAUCUAUCUUCAAGUGUACCGCCUGGGCCAUGCGUGCAAUUUCAAGGAAUGGCCAGAAACAAGGCGCGACUUGGUCUGAACGAUAUGCGGCGUUUCAAAACCAUUGGCGAGAAUCCGAAGGGCGGAAAGAGGCUAGCCUUACUUGGGCUUUGAAUGAUGUCUUUCAUGGUAUCUUCUGGAUCGGCGGUAUAUACAAGGUCAUUGGCGAUACGGCACUACUUAUGGGUCCCAUCGUCCUUCGGCAAAUAAUUGUCUUUGCGCAGGACCGUUCCGCCGCGAUCAUUGCAGGAACACCUGCCCCUAAUGUCGGUCUUGGUAUUGCCAUGGCUGUUGGGCUCUUUGCACUCACCAUAAUAGCUAGUGUUUGCACCCACCAGUUCUUUUGGCGUUCAAUGGAAACAGGCGUACUGGCUAGAGCCGCGCUGAUAACAUGCAUUUACGAGCGUGGAGUCAACCUCACAGGCAAAGCGCGUAUAAAAAUCAACAACGCCACGCUCAUUAACCAUAUUUCUACUGACGUGAGCAGGAUUGACGCAUGUGCGCAGUGGUUCCACGCAGCCUGGACCGCGCCUAUUCAGGUCACCGUUUGUUUAAUCAUUCUUUUAACCGAGCUCGGGCCGUCUGCACUCGCUGGUUUCUCGCUAUUUGUCCUCAUGAUUCCGAUUCAACAACAGUUAAUGGCACUGCAGCACCGUACUCGCUCAGUGUCGAUGAAAUGGACCGAUAAACGAGCCAAAGUUUUGCUAGAGGUACUCGGGGCUAUGCGGGUUGUCAAGUACUUCUCCUACGAGGUUCCUUUCCUUCGAAGAAUCUCCGACCUUCGGAAGAAGGAACUGCGUGGUAUUAGAUGGAUUCUUCAUCUAACAUCGGCGAACUUGGCGCUCGCGACUUCGCUGCCAGUCCUCGCUGCCACACUCGCUUUCGUCACGUACACCCUUACAUCACACAACUUUAACGUUGCUGUCAUGUUCAGUUCGCUGAGUUUGUUCCAAGUUCUCCGGCAACCAAUGAUGUUUAUGCCUCGCGCUCUAUCAGCUAUCCCCGAUGCAUUCAGUGCGAUUCAGCGGCUCACACACGUGUUCCGCGCAGAUUCUAUUUCCGAAGACACACUCGUGAUUGAUAAGGACCAAGAAUUCGCGCUUUUGACGAAGGACGCGACAUUUGAGUGGGAGUUGUAUGGAAAAGAUUCUGGUGAGGCUUUCAACUCGAAGGGUGCACGCGGCGGCGAUCCAUCGAGGGGCAAGGACAAGACCGUGAAUGAGGACAUCGCGAAGGAAAAGCCCGCUUCUGGAAAAGAUACACCUCUUUUUCAGGUAAAGAAUGUGACCAUGGCCAUUCCACGAGGCCAGCUUGUUGCUGUAGUUGGGCCUGUCGGGAGCGGCAAGUCCAGUUUAUUGCAAGGACUGAUAGGUGAGAUGAGGAAAGUCUCCGGGCAUGUCUCGUUUGGGGGUCGCGUUGGCUAUUGUCCGCAGACCGCGUGGAUUCAGAAUGCUACAUUGCGUGAUAAUAUUACUUUUGGUCAACCGUUCGAGGAAGACAGAUAUUGGCGCGUCAUCGAAAUCGCUUGUCUACUUCCAGAUCUUCAACUACUCCCAGAUGGUGAUCUGACUGAGAUCGGAGAAAAGGGAAUCAAUCUCAGCGGUGGCCAAAAGCAGAGAGUUAACAUUGCUCGUGCCCUGUACUUUGAACCUGAAAUCGUUAUAUUUGAUGACCCACUCUCGGCAGGCGAGCUAUUGGAUGCCCAUGUCGGAAAGUCCUUGUUCCAAGAUGCUAUCGUGGGUGCCCUACGAAAUCGUGGCAUUACUGUCAUUCUUGUCACGCAUGCGAUCCACUUCCUCUCUCAAGUAGAUUAUAUAUAUACGCUAAACAACGGCGUCAUCACAGAGAGUGGAACCUACGACGAUCUGAUCUCUCGCGGUGGCGAUUUUGCGCGCUUGGACCUAGAGUUCGGUGGCCACGCGUCAGAAGGGGAAGACGAAGCCCCGGAAGAGAAAGCUACUCCGCAGACAAGCAUCACCAUCGAGGAUGUAAAGUUGAAGUCGGAAAGAACCAGAGAACGGGCUACUGGCAGUGGCAAACUCGAAGGUCGCUUGAUCGUCAAAGAGAAGCGGUCGACGGGCUCUGUGUCCUGGAAAGUGUAUUGGACCUAUUUGAGUGCGGGACGCGGUUCAAUAACAGUUCCCCUGAUUAUUCUUUUCAUGCUUGCGAUGCAGGGAAGCCUGAUCUUGAACUCGUACACGCUAGUUUGGUGGGAGGCAAACAAAUUCGACCGACCAAACUCGUUCUAUCAGACGCUGUACGGGUGUCUGGGGAUUGGUCAAGCAAUCUUCACAUUCUUGCUCGGUGCUGCAAUGGACUUCAUUUCCUAUUAUGUGUCUCAAAGCCUGCACCACAAGUCCGUACGCAACAUCUUUCAUGCAUCCAUGUCCUUUUUCGACACUACACCUAUGGGCCGAAUCCUGAGUAUUUUUGGCAAAGAUAUAGAUGGUAUUGACAAUCAACUACCACAAUCAACGAGAUUACUUGCCAUUACAAUGGCCAGCGUGACGGGCUCUGUCGUCAUCGUUUCUGUCCUUGAACCGUACUUUGUUAUUGCUGUGUUCUUUAUCGCUCUCGGUUACGGCUAUUUUGGUGCCUUUUAUCGAGCUAGUGCUCGUGAAGUCAAGCGCUUAGACUCUAUGCUUCGUUCUCUUCUGUAUGCCCACUUUUCGGAGACCUUGACAGGACUUCCCACAAUCCGAAGUUACGGAGAAAUGAGGCGGUUUAUUGCUGCCAAUAGAUACUACAUUGAUCUGGAGGAUAGAGCUCUAAUCAUCGUGGUCGCGAAUCAGAGAUGGCUUGCAAUAAGGUUGGACUUCAUGGCAGGCAUAUUAAUUUUUAUUGUUGCUCUUCUCGCUGUGAUCGACGUCUCUGGGAUAAACGCCGCUCAGAUAGGGUUGGUACUGACAUAUACCAUCGCGCUGUCACAAAUGUGUAGUCUGUUAACCAGACAAACAGCAGACGUUGAAAAUUACAUGAAUUCAGUGGAGCGAUUGGUAGAGUUCGUUGCAGGCGACACGAUACCUCAAGAGGCUCCGUAUGAGAUCGAAGAACGAAAGCCCCCAGCACAAUGGCCCGAGCAGGGUGCCAUCGAAUUUGAGGACGUCAAAAUGGCAUAUAGGCCGAGUCUUCCAAAUGUAUUGAAAGGCAUCUCGGUCAAGAUUAGGGGAGGCGAAAAGAUAGGCGUUGUUGGAAGGACCGGCGCUGGCAAAUCCUCAUUGAUGCUUGCACUGUUUCGAAUUGUCAAAUUGUCUGGUGGUUCAAUCACUAUUGAUGGUGUCGAUAUAUCUACAAUCGGUCUUAAAGAUCUCCGCUCCAGGAUCUCUAUUAUCCCACAGGAUCCCCUUCUAUUCAGCGGGACCAUACGCUCCAACCUGGAUCCAUUCUCCCAGCACAAUGAUACAGAACUAUGGGAUGCGUUGCAUCGAUCUUGUCUGCUUGAUUCUAGCACCACCUCAAAACGGUCUUCUGCCGAUGAUGGCGUCGGAAGUGAGCAAGCUUCCACCAGCCGCUACGACCUUGACAGUACCAUCGAGAGCGAGGGAGCGAAUCUAAGUGUUGGAGAGAGAUCUCUGCUCAGUCUGGCUCGUGCGUUAGUGAAAGACUGCAAAGUUGUUGUGCUUGAUGAGGCCACAGCCUCUGUCGAUCUCGAUACGGAUAGCAAGAUCCAACACACUAUCCAGACGGAAUUCAGUGAUCGGACGCUGCUUUGUAUUGCUCACCGACUUCGUACUAUCAUUUCAUACGACCGGAUUCUGGUCCUUGACGCUGGUCUUGUUGCCGAAUUUGAUACUCCGUCCAACCUUUUCAACAUAGAGGGUGGACUUUUCCGCGGAAUGUGCGAGAGAAGCAAUAUCUCAUUGAAAGAUAUACUAGAGUCGAGUAGACAGGUUUGA